GCCGAGCCCCGAGGAGGGAGUAGAGGAUGGUGCGCGAAGCUGCGCCUUGGCUCCCUGAGCGAAGGGGCCGCUCCGGGGCUCGCCCCGCCGCCUGCCCGAGAGGUGCGAGGGGUUAGGCCGGGGAGGCGCAGGGAUGGAGGGCUCGGGCGAUGCCUCCUGGACCGUGGCCGACUGGCGCCUGGCCCUGUGGACCCUGUUCUCCGUGCUCCUGCCCGUGCUCAUCACGGCGUGGUGCAGCUUCCAGCGGUCCCGGCGGCAGCUGCGGAUCCGGGACAUCUUCCGCAAGAGCGAGCACGACUGGCGCUACACGGACCUCUUCGGGCAGCCCUCGUACUGCUGCGUGUGCGCCCAGCACAUCCUGCGCGGCGCCUUCUGCGACUGCUGCGGGCUGCGCGUCUGCGAGAGCUGCCUUAAGAAAGCGGACCAGCUCUUCCUCUGCAAGGAGAUCAUGAUGAGGAGCACCGCGGGAGCCCCCAGCUCCAUGCCGCACCACUGGAUCAGGGGCAAUGUCCCUCUCUGCAGCUGCUGCAUGGUCUGCAAACAGCAGUGCGGCACGCAGCCCAAGCUCUGCGACUACAGAUGUGUGUGGUGUCAGUACACUGUGCAUGAUGAAUGCAUGGUGGAUUCUUUGAGGACUGAGGAUUGUACAUUUGGAGAAUUCAAAGACUUAAUUAUUCCACCUUACUAUUUGUCUGCAAUUAACCAGAUGCGUAAAGAGAAAAGAACCAGUUAUGAAAAGGUGGUCCCUUACUGCAGGAUGCCAGUGAUGGUGCUGGCUAAUACUCGCAGUGGAAACAACAUGGGUGAAAUUUUACUAGGAGAAUUUAAAAUGCUGCUGAACCCCGUUCAGGUUUUUGAUCUCAGCAAAAUUGCACCUGCUAAAGCUCUGCAGCUCUGCACUUGGCUGCCUUGCAAUGCUGUCAGGGUUCUGGUCUGUGGUGGGGAUGGCACAGUGGGCUGGGUCCUGGAUGCAAUUGAUGAAAUGAAGAUAAAGGGGCAAGAACAGUAUAUUCCACAAGUUGCAGUUUUACCUCUGGGAACAGGGAAUGACCUGUCAAAUACACUGGGCUGGGGUGCAGGUUAUGCUGGAGAAGUCUCUGUGGAGCAGAUCUUACGAAAUGUCAUGGAGGCAGAUGGAAUCAAACUAGACAGAUGGAAGGUUCAAGUAACAAACAAAGGAUACUACAGCUUAAGGAAACCAAAGGUAUUCACAAUGAACAACUACUUCUCUGUAGGACCUGAUGCUCUUAUGGCUUUAAAUUUCCAUGCCCAUCGUGAGAAGACUCCCUCUCUGUUUUCCAGCAGAAUCAUCAAUAAGGCUGUUUAUUUUUUUUAUGGAACCAAAGACUGCUUAGUACAAGAAUGUAAAGAUCUUAACAAAAAGGUUGAGCUAGAGUUGGACGGUGAGAGGAUUGAGUUGCCCAAUUUGGAAGGCAUCAUUGUGCUGAAUAUUGGAUACUGGGGAGGUGGCUGCAGGCUCUGGGAAGGAAUGGGGGAUGAACCUUAUCCUUUGGCAAGACAUGAUGAUGGACUUCUGGAAGUUGUUGGUGUUCAUGGUUCUUUCCACUGUGCCCAGAUCCAGGUGAAACUGGCAAAUCCUGUUCGCCUGGGGCAGGCACACACAGUGAGGCUGAUCCUGAAGAGCUCCAAGAUGCCGAUGCAGGUGGAUGGGGAGCCCUGGGCGCAGGGGCCCUGCACUGUCACCAUCACUCACAAGACCCACGCUCUGAUGCUGUACCACUCAGGGGAGCAGACAGAUGAUGAUGAUGCCUCCAGCCUGUCAGAGUAACACCACAGGAGGGAGCAG